AUGGAGAAGCAGGACGGGGGCGUCCUGGAUCUUGCACCCCUGACCGCCGCACAGCUCGAUACUUUCGGCGCCCUCGUGCGCCGCGGCGGCCGCUACCGCUUCACCGUGCAGCCCGCCACGGGGAGCGAGGCGCCCGUAUCCGCCUCGGCUCCCGCCGCGUGCGCCGCGCAGGCGCUGCUGCAGCGGGGCGGCAGCGCUGAUGGCGGCGAGGCGCUCGCGCUGCACUUGGACGCGAGCCGCGACCGCCUCGUCGGCGUGCAGCUGCUGCGGCCCGCCGGCGGCUGCGGCGCGGACGCCGCCCUUGCAGCGCUGGCCGAGGCCGGGCGAGACGGCGCGGCGGGGGACGGCCUGCGGCGGGGCGUCAGAGUCAAGGCGCCUGUGGCGGCGCCGGUGGUGCCCAAAUUCUCCGCGACGCCCGAGCAGCCGCUGCCUGGCGCCGCACCCGUCACCGCGCAGCAGCAGCAGCAGCAGCAGCAGCAGCAGGGCGAGGGUGCGGACAAGGACGGGAAAAACGGCGAGAAGGUCCCGCCGCCCGUCGACAACAGGCCCUGGUGGCAGAAGAACGGGAUCUUCAUAAUGGCGUUUGGGAUGCUGGUGGUGAACCUGCUGCUGCAGGGGGCGGCGCCGCAGCAGCAGCAACAGGCCGGCGGCGGCGCGAGGCGCGUGGCGGCGGCGGCGCAGGCGAGGUGA